AUGGUUUCCACAACGUUUGUGACCACGAUUUUAGGCAUUGUGGCCUUGUCCUCUGCACAUCGGUGGAAAAAUGAUGUCCCCGGAACGAUCGAGCUGCCAUUGACACUCGUCGAAGCAGCUGCUGGCGAAGGGCCUCUUUACCUGGUCAACAUUUCUAUCGGCACGCCUCCUCAAGAAGUCACUGUGCAGAUUGAUACUGGAUCUUCCGAUCUGUGGGUUUUUGCAUCGAAUGUCGAAUGUGAUAAUGCCUACGGUUGUCUUGGAAGCUCGUUCGUUUCAAACGCUAGCAGAACCUUGGUAGACGAUAUGCCGAACAAGUUUGUGUAUAGCUAUGGCAGCGGUGCGAACGGUACCGGUGACUUUGUCACUGAUGACCUUCAUAUCGGUGGCAAGACUAUCAAGAAUGCACGGUUUGGCAUUUCUCACGACGCCUACGGUAUCAGCCCUACAUACGGCAUCAUGGGUCUUGGAUUCCCCGGCGGUGAAGCUGCAGUACAGUCGGGUCUUUCGGAAUACAAUACUACAGUCAUGGCUAUGAAAAACCAGGGUGUCAUCAAUUCAGCCGCCUUUUCUAUUUACCUGAACGAUGUUGACAGCGAAGGAAGCAUCUUAUUUGGUGGAUAUGACACGGCCAAAUAUUCGGGCGACUUAAAGACGCUUAACGUGAUUGAGUUUGAUGACGCUUACGGCCAAUGGUACAUCAACCUAACGGCAAUUGGAACAUCAACAAUCUCUAGCGACGGGUCAUCUUCAACAUCAUGGUACGGUAAUAGCAGCGUUGCCGGAGCAGCCUUUAUCGACAGCGGCAGUCCGAAAAUUUUCGUCCCUGGGAAUGGUGCCAUGAAUGUUAUCUUGGACCUUGGAGGCGAGUAUGACUAUAGCUUGUCGUCCAGUUUGAUACCUUGUUCGGCCAAAAACAAAACAGAUGUCACUGUCGAUGUGUUGCUAGGCGGAAGCAACGGGCCUCUGAUCCAGAUCCCAAUACAUCAACUAAUUGAACCGUAUACCGGAGGAAACGUGACCAUCGACGGGGAGGAGGCCUGUUCAUUUGGUGUAAGUCCUGGCCCGGAUGGCUUCCAGAUUCUCGGCGAUGCGUUCCUUAGAGGUGCAUACACCGUUUUCAACAUGGACAACCAUACAGUGUCAGUGGCGGACAUCAAAUUGAAUGUGAAGGAAAGCAAAAUCAUUGCUUUGUAA